AAAAAGACGAAAAAAAAAAAAAAACCACUUCCAUUGGAAAGGGACCAAGAAGUUGUUCUAUCCAAUGGUCUUUCUUCCAUUAUUGAGCAUAAUUAUCUAAUAAAAAAAAACCACCAACCUUCCGUAUUAUGUAGACAAAUUAUUAGAAAAAGAUGUAGCCAAACAGAAAAUGACUACAGAUCAUGCUAAACUCACCAAAGAACUCAUCUCUACAACCAACCAUCUUUCCGGCCUCGCCGACGUGGACUUUGUUAUUGAAGCCGCAUCAGAAAACCUCGGUAUCAAACAAGCCAUUUUCCGCGACUUGGACAAGCUUAUCAAGAAUAAGGAAGACAGUAUAUUGGCGACAAACACGAGUUCCAUUUCCAUCACCAAGGUGGCUGCCGCUACCACACGUCCCAGUCACGUCAUCGGUAUGCAUUUUAUGAAUCCUGUACCUGUCAUGAAGUUGGUGGAAAUCAUUCCCGGUUUAGCAACGCAACCAGCCGUGACAGAAAAAACCAAGCUGCUCGCCACUGCUAUGGGUAAGACGUGUACUGUGGUUCAAGAUAUCCCUGGAUUUGUGGCCAACCGAUUAUUGAUGCCUUAUAUCAAUGAAGCGAUGAUGUUGUUGGAAAGCCAUGCUGCAAGUGCUGAAGAUAUUGAUUUGACGAUGAAAUUGGGUACCAAUAUGCCUAUGGGCCCUUUGACUUUGGCCGAUUUUAUUGGCUUGGAUACGUGUUUAGCAAUUAUGAAAGUACUGUAUGAGAAUACGGGUGAUUCAAAAUACAGGCCUGCUGUACUGCUUCAAAAAUAUGUUGAUGCUGGAUGGAUGGGAAAAAAGUCAGGUAGAGGCGUCUAUACCUAUUAGACAAGCAGACAUCACUUGAAUGAUGGAAAAACUAUCACAAGAGAUGCGUUGAUUGCCUUUCUUCUCUUUUGUAUUAUGAUAUAACAUAAUUGUACAUUUUAUUUUAAAAUAAAAAAAAAGAGUUUUUGAUGCUUUGCACUAG